AUGGGAGCCACAAAGUCUGCCAACGCUUCAACCACUGGUAACAAGCCUACUCGUGGCUGGGAUGCCGCUGCGCAUGAAGCCCUCCUCUUGUGCGUCAUUGAUGAAGUCAAGGGUGGCAAGGCCUUCUUGACUGAGGUCACCGCAAAGAUGCAGGCUCGGGGCUAUUCCUACAGCUACGACGCAAUCAAUCAGCAUGUUCAGAAAUUGCGCAAGAACCGCGAUACAACUGUUCUCGGUGGCCCAACGGACUCUGGUGCUGGAAGCGCCAAGACUCCUACUCCUCGCAAGUCGGCAACUCCUCGCAAGCGCCGCACUCCCAAGAAGGAGAUGAUUGAUGAGGACGAUGAUAUGAGUCUCAAGUUGGAGGAGGCCAUUGAGGACGAAGAAAUGCGUAGUCCCUCCAUCCGCCCUCGUAAGCGCGCCAAGUCUGUUGCUUCGACUAUGGACGAUGAGAUGGACGACGAGCCCAAGCUCGAGGACGACUAUUAA